AUGGGGACUUCGAACACUAAGAAACUAUAUUUUGGUAUGACCGGUGCUAAGCUUAACAUAUGGUUGGCAAUCGCGUGUACCACAGCCAUGACUCUCUUUGGAUAUGACCAGGGUGUCUUUGGUGGUAUCAUCGUUACAGACAGCUUUCUGGACACAAUGGGUAAUCCAGAUAGUGGUCUUCAAGGAACUAUUGUCUCGCUUUAUGAUAUUGGAUGUUUCGCUGGUGCAAUGAUUACUAUCGCCUUUGGUGAACAUUUCGGUCGUAAGAAGUGGUUAAUAUUCGGCGUCAUCAUCAUGAGCAUUGGUGCAAUCCUGCAAACGAGUGCUUUCACUGUUGCUCAUAUGAUUGUUGCUCGCCUCAUUACCGGUAAUCACUCCUUGUCAUCCAGCAUGAACACCUCUACUGCACCUGUGUGGCAAAGCGAGACAGCGAAGGCUUCGUGGCGAGGCAGCCUCAUAGUCUUCUCCAUGAUCAUGAACAUCGCCGGUUUCUCCUUGAGCAAUUGGAUGACAUACGGUCUUAGCUUUGUGUCUGGUAGUAUUAGUUGGCGCUUCCCUAUCGCCUUUCAGUUGGUCUUUUCUGUCAUCCUCCUUGCUACCGUUCCCUGGCUACCGGAAUCACCGCGAUGGCUGAUUGCACAUGGACGAGAAGCAGAAGGUGCAGAAGUUCUGGCCUCACUCGAAGGCGAUGGCGCCACAGUUGAUUCUCCACAAGUCUUGAACCAACAGUUGGAGAUUCUUGAGGCGGUGAAGAUUGAACGAGAGCAAUCUCCAAGCUGGGGUGCUAUACUGAAGGGCAAAACCGGAAACACCGGGAUGGUUAAACGGUUGCUUCUUGGGUCGGGCACCCAAUGGAUGCAACAGCUUGUCGGUAUCAACGUUACUAGUUAUUAUCUUCCCCUCGUCCUUCAGAACUCAGUGGGUCUGUCGAACACAAUGUCCCGAUUACUUGCCGCAUGCAAUUCCGUCAGCUACUUGAUUUUCUCAUUCAUUGGAUUGUGGCUUAUCGAACGUGCCGGUCGACGCAAGUUGAUGAUGUGGGGUGCCGCAGGACAGGCUGUCUGUUACGCCCUAAUUUCAGGCCUGCUCUCGCAAGCCAAUGGCACCACGACAAGGGGUCAGAGCUUUGGUGCCGGGGCAACCACAUUUUUCUUUGUAUAUUAUUUGUUUUUUGGUAUUUGUUGGCAGGGUGUUCCAUGGCUAUACCCAGUGGAAAUCAAUUCUCUUUCAAUGCGCACUAAGGGUGCCGCAUUAGCUACUGGCAGCAACUGGAUAUCCAAUUAUAUUGUUGUACAGAUUACUCCUACCGGUAUCCAAAAUCUGGGUUGGAAGUUUUACCUCAUCUGGAUGGCGUUCAAUACGGCAUUCGUUCCUUUAAUCUGGAUGUUCUACCCUGAAACUGCCAAUCGCCAUCUUGAGGAUAUCGACAAACUUUAUAGAGAUAACCAGGAUUUAGUAUUUGUUCUCAGAUGCAAGGAGGCGUAUCAAACGGAGAGGCCGCAACGCUUCAUUGAUGCUGAACACGAACGAGAAGAGGCGGUGAAACAUUCCCCAAUCAAUGUUAAAGACGGGAAUUUAGAUGGGGAGGUAGAACACAACGAGUAUGCAUGA